AUGGCAUUUUAUUCAAUGGCCUCCAAGUCAAAGGCCAUCUUUCUCUUAUAUUCUAUCAUUAUUCCUUUCUUACUCUCACGUUAUACGAUAAUUUUGUCACUUUCUUUCUUUCUUUCUUUCUUUUUUUUUCUUUCUUUCUUUCUUUCUUUCUUUCUUUCUCAUUUUUCUUAUCACUUUGAUUCUUUCUCUUUCUUCAAUAUGUUGUAUACUUACUUUCUUAUCUUUCUUUUCCCUUGGUCGAUCUGGUUUCUUCUUCACUUUCUUUCUUUCUUUCUUUCUUCACUUUCUAUCUUUCUUUCUUUCUUUCUUAACCAUUCUUCGAUAUUUUCACAUUCAUUUUCGUUCGAUCUUUCUUUCCUUCUUUCUUUCCUUUUUACUUUCUUCCUUUCUUUCUUUCUUUCUUCUUUAUUCAAACCAGUAUUUUUAUACAUUUCAUUUUUUUCGUUUUUUGAUCCUCUUUCUUCUAUAUUCUUUCUUUUCAUUAAUCGACACUUUAUUUGUUUUUUGUUUUCCUUCUUUUUUAUUCUUUGA